UCAGCAUGAAGCAGGCUAUGUGGCUGCUGGGCGUCCUGUGUCUGCAGGUCUGUCUGCUCUCCACCACAGCCUUUUCUGACCAGACAGAUGAACAGCAGCCUUACAAACCAACCAAGCCAUGGACCUCUGCCAUUCAGGACCUCUACACGAGGCGGUGUCAGAAGAAGGCCCUAAACAUUGUCAAAGACUCCAGCCACCCGAGUCACUAUCUGCUAUCGCAUGGCAAGCGGUACCGAUGCUCCAAGUCUGGAACCAACAGGGCCUUGAACAGCUUCUACCCCCAAGCCAUAAGACUGCUAAAUACGAGUUUAAGGACUAAGAGGCAGACCGAGGCUGAGGGCCAAUGCAAGAACGUUUGUCUUUCCCUCAUAGGAGAGAUGAGUGGACUCUCCGGAAUGCCUGGGCCUCCUACCGGUUGGAGUUUAAGGAUUAAGAGGCAGAAGAAAUUCAGGAGUGAAUGCAAGAAAAACCUGGAAAUGUGUCGCUCCCGCCUAGGAGCCUUGACACCCAUGAGUCAUCCUGGGGGCAGUUGGGUAAAACACCACCAAACACCAACCAAAGAGGUUAUUUCACGGAUUAAGAGUCGGGAGAAAGUCCGGAGCCAAUGUCAGCCAGUAAAAGCCAUGAAUCUGUCACUUCCGCUUAGGAGAGGAGCGCUCCUUCCAUGCACCUCCCCAUUGGGAAGGCGUAUCCCCUUUCCUGCCUCAUAGACCUCGUCCUCCUCCACUCCACCUUAGUGUUCCAGGACUUAAAGGCAGGAGAGGCAGAAGAAAGCCAAGAACAAGAACAAGCAAGAACAUACCACAAAGUGGGUGGUGUCGCAAUUGGCUUGGGUUCCAUUUUGAAGGCAGCCCAAUAGCUGCUGAAGACAUAAUCAUCUAUUCGCUACUGGAUUAUCAAUACCAAUAAUAACUACAGUGUAUGUUGGUAUUUUAUUUCUCUGUAUGCAUUUAGACUGCAAAACUAUGAUAAAAGGUCUUUGCAAAUGAAAUUGACUGUUGUUAAUAUUGUAUUACUAUAAUCAUUAGUAGUAGUUGUCAUGGUCGCCUCUGUAUGUUACAAAAUCACAUAUUAAACCAAACCAACAGCCAGGGAAGCCAAGAUCAACUCCCUCUUGUCUGACAAGCUGUUCCAAUAAGAAAGUAUAUUACUCAAUCCAAUGGAGGCUCCUCAGAUGAGGAAGGAGGGGACCAUCCUCCUCAGUGAAUUUCAGAAAAAUAAAA